UUUUACCGUGUGCUGCUCACGCAAAAAUCCUACAAGGUUUUCUUUUGGGGGAAAAUUAAGCAGUACAUGAAAACCAUAGAGGACAGCACCUAACAUUAAUAAAUGUCGUGGGAGAGGAAAAAGAUUAUUGUUUGACAUUUAACAAAUGCGUUCGGAAAAUAAACAAAAAUAUAUAAAUUCUGCAAUGGCAACGCUAACAAGAAUAUCGAAAAAAGCAAGAAUGAUAAAGGCAGAAACCAGUGAUCGUAUUUUAAAAGUUCUCUACAGAAACAAAACAAACGAAACCGUGUUUAGGCAGAAUCCCAUAAUCUUAAUAAAAUUAAACAAUUUUAUCAAUAGUUAAUUGGCUAGAUAAUUUACGCACCAUAAAAAUCUGAUAUUUGUAAAAUAAAUAUGGUUUGGAAUAUUUUUUAAUUAUCUCAGAAAGUGGACAGCUGUUUAUUAAUUUUUUACAACUGGCAACUUAAAAUAAGGAAAUAUUUUUUCGGGUAUCCCGAGUAAAUUGUAAGAAGCGUCGUAAUAGUUAUUUUGUGUAUUCGCGGCUUUUUCUAGUUUACUUAAAUAUACGGAAGAAAAGUAAACGACAAAUGAUUAAAAAAUGUCCAGUACAAGUGCCAGUAGUAUGCAGAAUGGUCACAAUGAUUUUGCUAAUCCUCGUUUAGAGAAGCACAUGACCUUUGUGUGUCCAGAGUGCGGCGUAGAAUUCGAAUCACAACAGGAAUGGCGACGCCAUUUAAACGAGGAACAUGAUUACAUUAACAAAACUCCAGAAGAUUUUGAUUUUAAAGAAAUCAGUGAAAGCUUCCAUGAAUGUCAGAUUUGCCAUAAAUGGGUGGCUAACGCUAAUCAGGCCAUUGCAUUACUCCAGUAUCACCGCUUUCUACACUUGCCAUUUAAUCGCACAUAUCGUUGCCGGCAUUGCAGAGGUGGAUUCACGCGUAAACGUGCACUAUGCGAACAUCUCUAUCGCUUUCAUAGCCGACAAAUUAUAAUGACAGACAAAAUGAAGAACGUCGAGGAAGAAACCACAACCAGCACCAACUUUGCACAAACAACUGAGCAGAAAAUGCUGCGCGAUCCACGUUUGAAUAAGGAAUUCUAUUUACGUUUUAUAUGUCCACACUGCGGUAAGGGUAUAGAAAGGUUUGACCAGUGGCUUAAACAUUUGGAUUUGCAUCAAUCUACAUCUAGUGAUUUACGAAUGCAUCGUAUCUCCGGUUCCCGAAACCACUACUGCUUGCAAUGCCGUAAACUGCUGUACACCAACGAACAGUCAAAAUUGCAACGGCAUCGAUUUACACAUCUUCCUUUCCGAUUGUAUUUUAAAUGCGCAUUUUGUAUGGUAAAGAAAUCAUUUAAAUCAGAAAUAUUUCGACAUUUCGUGUAUGCUCAUCCGCGUCAUUUUAACGAAGCUAAACCAUACAUUAGGAAACCAAUUGAAUGGGGAGCGAAAAUAAAUGAUCGCCUCAAUACCGAAUUAGAUGCAAUUUUGAGACGUUAUAAAUGUACGGAUAGUUAUGAACAAGGAGGCACAGAUGCAGAAAAUAGUCGCGGGCGACCGGUUAAGAAACAAACUUAUGCCAGUGAAAAAGCUCGUCUUGCCGCCCAAAAACAAACCUCUUCGUCAACAACCACUGGUACAUUGCGGCGAAGUAAUAUACGAAUAAUUAAGGAUUUCGAUAUGGUGCAGCAAAAAUGUGGUACUACUCCUACUGAGUCAGUUACAGAAGAUGACUUUGAAGAAUUGUGUGCCGAUGUUUUUGAAUCUAUUGAAGAUGAAUUGAAAACUACUUUAAUCAACAAAAGCAAUGAUACUAAGAAAUUGGUUAAAAAUGAAAAUAUGAAACAAAAAAAUCCACCGGAUGAAGAGUUAGUCAUAAGCAUUGAAAUUGAUGCAAUCGAUGAAAAUAACGAACUAUCUGAACACAAACAGACACCACCACGAAAACGGUUAAAAUUAUCCGAAGCUAAAACAUCAAGAAUUACAAAUGAAGAAACACCAAACGAGAAUAGUACUGAAAUAACAAAAAAUCCCCCAACUGUUGAGGCCAACAAGAAAGCAAUAUCUGACGCAGAUAUUAUUUAUCUUUGUCCAGAAUGUGGUAAUGAGUUUAGCGAACAAGCUACUUGGCGGACACACGUUUUUAAAGAGCAUAACAUUGAGAAUGCAAUUCAAACUAAUUUUCAAUUGCUUGAAAAUAAACAGUCUUACCUCUGCCUUGACUGUAUGGAUGUGCAAAAUACUACCCAAUUUGCCGAACUACAGCGCCAUCGUUUCACCCAUAUGCCGUUCCAAGCAUAUCUUAAAUGCAAAGUGUGUUCCAAAACUAAAUCCAGUAAACCAAAAAUGUUGCUUCAUCUUCAACAAUGUCAGGCCCAUCAAAAAAAUUCGGUUCAAAAGAAUACAGCAUCAAACAAUAACGAAGCCACGUUACAUUUCCAUCCAUGCACAAUUUGUAUGAAAUACUUCACAACAAAGGAGCGACUGCAGCUACAUCAGACGCAGGCAUGUGUAGUGCGAGCAAAUGGUUUACGUACCACAAAGUGUGGUAAUAACACCAAUAACAGCUCAACUAUCGCGAACAACAUGAAAUUGCUGAUUCAUUUAAAACAAGCACGCGCACGUAUGAAACGUUUACUAACGCGUGAAACAAACUGAUUGGAAACAAACAAUUCCAAAAUAUUUUUUGCCCAAAAUUUGAAUUAUAAUAAAAGUUAUGUUACAUUAAUAUUUUUAUAAUAUAAAUGAAUUCCCUAGAAUAAUAUUAUUUACAAUAAAAUCUUGAACUAAUUUGUGUCGAUUGUGGAUGGGAAUGAGCGGGUGUUGUUCCCCUGUCUUAGUGCAUUCGGUCGCAGGAUAUAUGGGCCUUGCUCGAGCACAGCAAGCAUUGGUCAGCAACCAGCACUUAUGGAUUGCGUAAGCAUUCUGGCGCAGAGUUUUACCUAACCUAACCUAACCUUGUAUCGAUUGUGUAAUAUGUUUAAUAAUUGACAGUUGAUUCUAGUGAAACAAAAAGUUAUACUUAUGGUUGUUGUAGCAGCAAAAGUCAAGUCAGUAUUGAUUCAUUAUUAUCUUAAUUUUAAUUAACUAUAUUUCUACUUGUGUUUGAAUUCUAUUUAAGCUGCGUAAGAAUAUUUACAUAUGUAUAUAAGUAUAAAGCCGGCCUUGAGAGAUAUAUCACUGGACUACUUUACAAUUUACUAAUUUUUUUAAAAAUAGAUAUUAAGAAAAAUCCACUAAAUAUUCUAUAGCUUCUAUAGAAAAAAAUAUAUUAUUUUAACGAAGUCAAACGUUGUUCUCGUCUCGUUGAUAUAUUAAGCCUCCUAAAAUUUGUAUGCAUAAUUAAUAUCCUUAUACAUUGAAAAAAC